GAGCGAGGAGGGCACCGGGGGCGGGGGCUCCGCUCCCUGCCUAACUCCUCUCACCCCAGCCAGGAAAGUGAAGGGACCUCGGACUUUAGAGACAGCAGACAGACCGACAGAGAUUGCCAGCCGCUCCAGGUCAAGGACUUGCCCCACCCGCGCCUCUCACCAGGCGCUCCCAACUCACUGGUGAGCGCAGCGGCCGGGACUCUGGAUGCGGGGACCGCCGCGAUGGCCCCGCGCGCGGGACAGCCGGAGCUCUGGGGACCGCUGCUGCCGGGGCUGCUGCUCGUGGCGGCGGCGCUGAGCCCGCCCGCUGCACCCUGUCCCUUCCAGUGCUACUGCUUCGUCGGCCCCACGCUUCUGUUGCGUUGCGCGUCGGGCGCGGAGCUCAGGCAGCCGCCGCGGGACGUGCCGCCCGAAGCGCGCAACCUCACCAUCGUGGGCGCCAACCUCACUGUGCUGCGCGCGGCCGCCUUCGCCGGCGGGGACGCGGACGGGGAGGAGGCGGCGGCGGCCGUGCGCCUGCCGCUGCUGACCGCGCUGCGCCUCACGCACAAUAACAUCGAGGUGGUGGAGGAUGGAGCCUUCGACGGACUGCCCAGCCUGGCAGCGCUCGACCUGAGCCACAACCCGCUGCGCGCCUUGGGCGGCAGCGCCUUUCGCAGGCUGCCCGCGCUGCGAUCUCUGCAACUCAACCACGCGCUGGCGCGGGGCGGCCCGAUGCUGCUGGACUCACUGGACGCGGCGCUCGCCCCGCUGGACGAGCUGCGCCUCCUGGGCCUGGCGGGCAACGGGCUGAGCCGCCUGCCGCCCGCCGCGCUGCGCCUGGCGCGCCUGGAGCAGCUGGAUGCCCGGCUCAAUGCGCUGGCGGGCCUGGGCCCCGACGAGCUGCGUGCGCUUGGGCGCUCGGACGACCUCCCCGGGCCGCGCCUGCUGCUCGCCGACAACCCCCUGCGCUGCGGCUGCGCCGUGCGCCCCCUGCUGGCCUGGCUGCGUAACGCCACGGAGCGCGUACCCGACGCGCGGCGCCUCCGCUGCGCCGCCCCGCGGACGCUGCACAACCGGCCGCUGCUGGACCUGGACGAGGCGCGGCUGCACUGCGCGGACCGCAACGUCGACGGUCGCGGGGAAGAAGCGGAAGCCGCGGGCCCAGAGCUAGAGGCUUCCUACGUCUUCUUCGGCCUGGUACUGGCGCUGAUCGGUCUCAUCUUCCUCAUGGUGCUCUACUUAAAUCGCCGCGGCAUCCAGCGCUGGAUGCGCAACUUGCGCGAGGCCUGCCGGGACCAGAUGGAGGGCUACCACUACCGCUACGAGCAGGACGCCGACCCGCGCCGCGCGCCGGCCCCGGCCGCGCCCGCCGGCUCCCGCGCCACGUCCCCAGGCUCGGGCCUCUGAGCUUCGCCUCCCGGGGGCUGCGGGCUGCCCCUGCCAGCUGAUGACCUUACCGGGGCUGCCUGGCCUGAAGCCAUGGAGAGGGGACACCCGCGAGCUUGGAGCUCCUAGAACUGACUGAAGCCCUAAGCUGUACCCACCCCCACCCCCCGCUUCUGAGAGCUCCCACGGUCACAGACCCAGAGACAUCCCUUCUGGUUCCAGAAUCCUUCCUGCCCAGUCUCGGUUCUGAAACAUCCCUUCUGGACCAUGAGUUUUAAGACUCUCUCAGAGACUCCGUCUGCCCUCCAAUGCGAAAGCUUUGACCCCAACAGUAGACUGCGCUGAAGCCCAUUUCCAGCUUGGAUCCCUCAGCUCCCCUCCCGGGGCUUACGGGCCCUUCCAUACCAGUCUGGUCUCAGAGGCAGAGCGCCCCUGUCUGAAGGUUUUUGUGGACUUUGAGCCUUUUCCCAUUCCAGAGCUCUGAGCCUUCCACUCUGCACGGAGACCGACAUCCUUGGGCUCUUAAAUUCGGGCACCCUCCCCCCUUCUGCGGACAUACUUCAUACCCCUCAUCACUCUCCUCUCCCCCCCCCCCAGCACUGGCUCAGGCCCUUCCCUUCCUUGAUCCAGACAUGGGCCUCAGCUCCUAGUCUAUCUACCCCAGGGACAAGCACAUCCCAUUCUAGCCUUAGUGUGGAGCCAGCCCUCAGCCCUUUCCACCCAGGUUCUGACCUCCCAAUACUUUUUGAGUUUGUCCUUAAUCUCAGACUCUCAGCUCUUUGCCAGUCUGAGUUUCAUGCCCCUGCCCAAGCCUUAGGCUCUUGACUCUGCAUACCCAGUAUGUGCACUUAGGACCCACCCCUGCUGCUCACUAGUCAAGGUCCAGUGAGAAAGCCAGCCCUGGGAUAUGCUCACCCCUCCUUCCUCCAAGGAUGAGCUCUCAAGUCUGCGCCACAGGUGCAGGUGCCAAGCAACCCUAGUGCUUACUGGCAGAGCCUGUGGGGAAGGAGAGUCCUGAGUGUGUGGGUGGGAAGGUGGAGCCUCUGGACCAGGGUCUCCUGUCCAUUGUGGCCUCAGAGGGGCAGGGAGCGGCCCUGAAGGGCGAGGAGCUGCUGCUCACCAAUUUCUCCAUGCUCUCUCCUACAUACUGUGGUUCUUCUCCGCUGGGGAUUCUUUGCCACCAUGACCCCACCCCAUAUGCCUUCUGAAAGAGAAGGGGGUCUUGCCUCCUGCCUCAGGCACAAAGCCUCCUGAUUCAGGGCCAGAGUCUCAGCACCCUGCCUUCUGCAUGGUCCCAAAGCACAAUUGGUGAGUGGGGAGGGGUCACCUCUCCCUGACUCCCCACCCCCUAGAUCAGGCAGAACGGCUGGCCUGUGUUGUCUCUGCACACAGGAAAUCGCCCUCCUUUAUUGGCUUGAGGCCUGCCUUCCCCUACCCCAAAACUCUGGAUGUCCCUUGGGCAGUUUUCU